AUGCAGUCUCUCAGGCAUCAAAGCAGCAAGACUGGAUGCGCUUUGGCUCGAUCGUCCAGAUUGGCAUGUUGGCAAGUUGACUCUGCCUCUUCAUCUUCGACAGCAUGCAGAUCUUCCUUUCACAUAGCAUGUGGCCACGAGAUAGAUAGAUCACAUCAAAGGAGGAGUUUUCGUCUGAAUAGGGAGCGACAAUCAUCUUUAACAUCGUCAAAGGGCUUGUCAACUUCGUCACGGACAACAUCUUCCGACUCGGCUUCGCGUCUUGUUCCCUCGAAUCCGGUAUCUGCUACCCGAUUCCCACCGCCUUCUUUACCGCCAUCGUUUGGCUCGAAUCAGCUGGUUCCAGUUUCUGACGAGACGAAUCGGCGCCUGCACAACGUCCUUGCAUGCUUUGAUGCACCGGUCCGCUUCGCCUUCGCAUACGGCUCGGGCGUCUUCUCACAGACGGAGGCAGGUCCAGAACACGCAAAAAGGCCAGCUACCAAGGAUGGCAAGAAGAUGGUCGACUUCAUCAUGGCUGUAACGCACCCGCAGCAUUGGCAUUCUAUCAAUAUGGCGCAACAUCCCAAUCAUUAUUCGAUGCUGAGCCGCCUACUCGGAAGCGUUGGGAUUGGAUUGGUGCAGGAGAGAGGUGCUAAAAUCUGGUACAACCCUUACGUCAAGCUGGACGACGAAUUGGUCAAGUACGGCAUCAUGAGCGUGGAUGACCUUUGCGACGACUUGCUCGACUGGGAGACGCUGUACGUGAGCGGUCGAAUGCACAAGCCAGUGGCUCUCAUCACAUCGGACGCACGAGUCCGACUGGCACAGCAGGUGAACCUCGCCUCGGCACUGCGUACCGCGCUGCUAUUGCUACCCAAGGAGUUCGGGGAAGUGGAGCUGUAUACACGCAUAGCCUCGCUCAGCUACACGGGUGAUUUCAGGAUGUCGGUGCCAGGCGGUGAAAAUUCGAACAAGGUGCGCAACAUCGUACUCAACCAACGCGAAGAGUUUCGCCGAUUGUAUGCUGGACUGAUGCGCAACCUGGGCACGCUUUCAGUGGAAGAGAUGUGUCACAAUCGAUACAAGAUUGUUCAAGAUGACUCGAUAUCGACUCGAGCCUCGUAUGCGGCUCGACUUCCGAGAUGUUUGCGGCAAAAGGUGCAAGAUCACUACACUUCGAGACCGGAUCUGGACCCGGCGUUCCUCAAGCUUUCGCUUUCCAAGACGCUGGAGGAGGUGCCAAGGAAACCAUCAAGCAUUCAGCGAGAAGAGGUGCUAAAUGCAUUCUGGCGCGCCGCGGUGCAGAGAGACGACUUUGGUGAGGUGCUGUUGCAAAUGAUCUCACAAACGGUCAAAGGACGAGCAUGGUCACAGUCACUCAAGGGCAUCUACACGGCUGGCUUCAUACGAACAUUCCGAUAUGUUGCUGCCAAGAUUGGCAAGUACUUUGAGGGCAGGAAAGAGACAGACAAGUCGGGUUAA